AUGAGUACAUUUGGUUAAAAGUAUAGGGUUACAACUUUUGGAGAAUCCCAUUCAAAAGGAGUGGGUUGUAUUAUAGAUGGAUUUCCGUCUAAUUUUAAAAUUGAUUAAGAAGCCUUAUAAUAAUAAUUAAAUAGAAGAAGACCAGGUUAAACUAGAUUAACAACAUAAAGAGAUGAAAAGGAUAAGGCUAUAAUAGUUAGUGGACUUAAUACUUAAAAUAUAACUUUAGGGAGUCCAAUUAUGAUAAUGGUUUACAAUGAAGAUAUGAGGCCAUAAGAUUAUAAAUAAUUUGAUUAAAUACCUCGUCCUGGUCAUGCUGAUUUUACCUAUUAAAUGAAGUAUGAUAUAAGAGCAGAAAGUGGAGGAGGAAGAUCAUCUGCAAGGGAAACUAUUGGAAGAGUUUGUGCAGGAGCAAUAGCUUAAUAAUUUCUAAAUUAAAUGAAUAUCACUAUUUCAGCAUGGGUUUCAUCUGUAGGAAAUAUUGAAAUUCCUAAGGAAAUCUAAUAAUAAUUGAUAUAAAGUCCUCCAACUCAAAAUUAAAUUGAAGAAUUUAAUACAUUAUAUUAAUUUAGAAAUCCACAUUAAGAAUCUGCAUUAGAAAUGAUAAAAUUAAUUGAAUAAGUAAAACUUGAUAAGGAUUCAAUAGGAGGAACUGUUACUUGUGUUAUAAAAGGUUGUCCAAUAGGUUUAGGAGAACCAUGUUUUGAUAAAUUUUAAGCAGUUUUAGCUCAUGCUAUCAUGAGUAUUCCAGCUACAAAAGGUUUUGAAUUUGGUUCAGGUUUUGAAGGAACAAAAUUAAAAGGAAGUGUCCAUAAUGAUAGAUUUAAAAAUUUAAAACCUAUAACUAAUAAUGCUGGAGGUACUUUAGGAGGGAUAACAAAUGGAGAAAAUAUUAACUUCAAAGUUGCAUUUAAGCCUGUAUCUACAAUUGGAUUAGAAUAAGAGACUUGUAAUUUCAAAGGAGAAGACAUUAUUUUAGAAGCACAUGGACGUCAUGAUCCUUGUGUUGUAAGUAGAGCUGUACCAGUAGUUGAAAGCAUGGCAGCAAUUGUAGUUCUUGAUUUGUAUCUAUUGAGUAAAUAAAAAUGAGUAUUUUUUAUAAUAAAAAUGAAAGUAUUUGAAUAACUAGAAAACGCAAUAAAAUCAAAUGAUACAGUAAUCAAACUACUACCAGCAUUAAAAUUAAUAACUAAUUCGCUACCUUUUCCAGAUCUUCAUAUUCAUAUCAAGAAUCCUAGAUUAGUAAAACUACUCUUAAUUGUUUAUCCAUUGCUACCAGAAGCAAUUGAUAUGAUCUUAGGAUAAAUACUUAAUGUAUUUAAAGACUAAGUAGAAUGGAUUAAAGGUUGCUGUAAAGCUAUCGAAGAGUAUGCAGUUUAUCAAUCAAACACAAUUGAGACAUCCAAAUUUUAUUCUCUUGAAUUUUUUUAAUAAGUCCUUCAUUUCGCAGCAGAGGCAGGGUAUAUUUAAUGUAUUAAUUCCAUAGUUUAGAAUUAGAUGAUAUCUGUUAUGGUUUUAUUAUAUUUCUAAAACAUGCCGAAUCAGAAAAAAUGGUUUUAUAUAUCAUGUAAAAAAUUGAAGCAGUUAAGGAAGAAUAUGGAUAUGGAAUUAGAUCCCUUAAUUAAUUUAGUGAAUUAGUUGAAUCAAGUAAUCAUUUAUAUAUCCUUAGCUGUAUUGUAACUUUAUCAAGAAGAAAGUAAUAAAAAUACUGAAGAUUAACAUUACAGAUCUGUUGCAAUUGGAUUGUAGGAAAGUUAAACCAAGAAGGUUUUCCAUCAUUAAUAUACUCUUUCGUCACCUUCAAUGAGAUCUCCAGCAGUUUCAAGAUAAAGAUCUGAAUCAUUUGGAUCUUUUAAUGAUGAAAUAAUUGAUAAUAUCAAUAUUGAAGAAAUUCUAAUUUAAGAAAAACCUAGAAUUCUUGAUUCUGAUUAAGCAGAAUAUUUUAAAUCUAAUGAAAGACUCUAAAAUCUAAUUUAUUUUAUUACAGAUCCAUAUCUCUCAUAACCAAGUCUUAUUUUUGAUACUGAUAUCGUAGCUGAAAAUUCAUUUGAAUUUGAUCCAAACAAUUACAAAAAAUUCAAAAAUAUCAAAAUAGAUAAAUUAUUUACUAUUCGAUCAUUUAAGACUUUACUCUUUCUAACUGAUAUCCAUAAUCAUAAACUAUUAAAUGAAACAAAUGCUCAUCUAAUUUAACUAAUCUGUAAAACUUCAUUUAAAUGUUUUAGUUAGAUCUAUCUCUGGGUUUUUUUAAAAUACAUAAUCAAUAGGCAAUCUCACACAUAUUAUGGCACUUAUAUAAUUUUAUUUAAAAAAUGAUACUAAAGAUACAAUAUAUUACUUUUUAUAUUGUAAUCUACAUUUUUAAUUCUUAGAUUAUAUAUGUAUUUAUAUAUUAAUAAUUAGAUAAUUAACAUGUAAUUGAUAUUUUAAUAAGAUUUAUUGAUCCAAAUUUUAGUAGAAUUCCUUAAUAAUUAAGGGAUGAAAUUUGGAUAUUCUUGAAUAGUUAAGGAUUUAUUUCAUAUAUAAUUGGUCGAAUCAUUAAUAAAGAUCAUUUGGGUGUUAAUAGGAAAGAAUUUCAUGUUUCAAAAGAAGGAUAUAAUAUUCUAAAACGCAUUUAUGAUUAAAAAGUUAUUGAUGGUAAAAAAUUAUUUAUAAAUAUUCAGAUGAAAAUACUUCUGAGUAACAUACUUAUAAUUUGAGUUCCAAUUUUGAUCAUUAUUUGGGUCCAUUAAUUCCUGGUAAAACUAUUUAAUAAAAUUUAAUUAAAAAAAAAAGAGUAUAACAUGCAGCUACAACUUAAAUUUAUACAAGAAGACAUUCUGGAAAUUCAAUGACAGGAAAAUUCAAUAAGAUAAUAUUAGUUGAAAAUUUACAUAUAUCAGAAUUAAAUGGAACAGAAUCAGACAUUGAUAGAUUUAGGGAUGUCAUUCAAUUUUAUUAGAAUAAUCAACUUGAUAAUGAAGAAGUUAUCUCAUCUAAUUUAGUAGUUAAUACUAAAUCAGGUUGUGAGAAAAACAUUCCUAAAUCAAUUCUUAGAAGCUUAUAGAGUGAUUAAUUCUUAAAAUCAGAUUUCUUAAGUAACUAAAUUGAAUAAAAACCUAUUGAUAUUAAAUCCUUUUUAGGUGAAAAUAAAUCUGUUGAUACAAAAUUUCCAUCUUUAAAAUAAAGUACCAAAUAUAGUGCAGGCAGUAUGCAUUCUAGUAGAGUUCUAAGAUAAUCUUCAAAAUAAGGUUAGGAAAUAAUUUUUAAAAAGAAGAAAUCUUUAAAAAUAGAUAAUAUAGAAGAAAUUUCAAACAAUUUUAAAAAACUUAAUAAUCCUAUUUCAUCUCCUACUUCUGCAUCAAGAUGUCAUAAAUUUUACCCAAAUAGUGAUAUCAGUGUCAUUGAUCAUAUCAUGAGAGAAGAAUACUAAGAGUAUAUCUAAUUUAAUAACGAAUGCAUUGCUUUUUAAAACUCUCAACUAUUAAAUCUUAUCGUUAAUUCAUUUUAAGGUCGGAAAUAUAAAUUUUAGGCCUAAACUGAUUGUUUUACACAAUUGUUAGAUGAAAAAUUAACGAAUCUUGAGAAAUUAAUUAAACACUACUCAUUAAAAAUAUUAGAACCUGAAAAUGGUAGUGCUUAUGAAUUGGGAUAUUUAAUUUUAAACCUACUCAAAAAAUUAUCAAUUUGCAAUAAUAAUCAGGAGUAGUGUAAUAAAAUUUAUAGAGAUCAAAUUCCGAGAUUAUGCAGGAAUAUUGCAAUAUUAAAUAAGCAAUAACAAUUUCAAAAGUAAUUAAAUUUAUAAUCAUAUUCUGUAAAUAUCAUAGGAUCUCAAAAGUUAAUGAUGUAUGAGAUUCUCUAAGUUAUGAUUUGUAAUGUGAAAAUAAAAUAUUCUAAUAUCUUUAUUAAAUUGAAUGAUGCUGCCAUGCAUAUUUUAACAAUAUAAUUCCAUACUAGCUUUCAUAAUGGAAUUUAUUAAAACAUUUUCAUGAAUUUAGUAAGACAUUUAUUCAUUUAUGCUUCUGAAAAAUAGUUGUUAAGUUUAGUUUUCAAAGUGAAUCUUAUUGAGUCAAUUCAUGCUGCUUAUAAGAAUACUGUGAUUAAUAAAGUUGUGAUUAAAGAUUGGAAUACAGAAUAGUAUAUUCUAUAUUUACAAUAAUUAAGUUAACUUAUAAUAAAUGCCUUUGAUUUGAGAGAAGAUUUAAAAUAACUUAGAUAGUCUUUAAUUAGAUUAUAAUCUUAUUAAAAAUUAAAGGAAUUAUCCUCAAUAUCUUAAUUUAAAUUUGAUGUCAAUCAAUACACUAAAGAAUUAAUCGCCGCAGAACAAUAAUUAAUUAAAAUUAAAUUAUGA